GUCUAUCCCACCAACAUUAAGGAUCAUUUCAUUGUGUUAUAUCGGAUUAUAGUUCUUGAUUUGUUGUUUGCAUUCAUUGGACUUAAUUUUAGAGAAUUCGAGGCCCUGAUUCUGUUGAUUCAUGCUUUACGGCUUGCACUCAGAGCCAGAACCAAUAAUUUGUAUGGAACUUAUCCAUGGUCAUUAUUAAUUCUGUAACUAUUUGAAGCAAACGUGACAGUGCCAUUUAACUAAUAUGAUGUUUGAAACCUUAUAAUGUCCAUUACUUAGAGGUGAUACUAGUAUCUUUCGCAUAAAUUAUGAUAUGUUCUAUUCAUCACAGGUUUAUGAGACUCUAGAGCAUCGAUUGGUUGUUGCAGAAGCAGCUCAGAAACUGAGGCUUCCUCUUAUAUCAAAAGAUGGUGAGGUUCAGGAGGAAGAUAUCGAAAAAUGGAGUGUGAUGUCACGUAGCUCCCUAGAUAGUACUGGUACCAGUGCCACAAUCAGCUCAAGCUCUAAUUCACUAUAUUAUCCAAAUAGUACCACAAACAGCGCAGGUGCAAUGGGUAGUGCCUUCUCUCCAAGUGUUGGUGACUCAUUGGAUCCUGGAGUUGGUGGCCUAGCCAAUCAGUAUCUUGGUAUUACCCCUGCCUAUCUAUGGCAAACUCAGCUCCAACAGAUGCCCUUAAUGAUGGAUAUGGCUGAAUAUCAAAUGUCUUUGUCCCAUGAAAUUGAGACUCGUUUGAAGGACAAAUGUGAUAAGUUAGCUGAUGCUUUUGUUGAUGAUAUUGGUACGUUAUCGAAAUUACAAUCCCUACUCUCUUUUCCCCAUUCUCUACCCCGUUUGAUAACUGAGGAAAUUGAAAGGGAAGAAGGAGCUCUAAGGGAGGACCUCUAUUCCGUUGAUCGAAAAUUUGCUGAAUAUUAUAACGUCUUGGAGCAGAUCCUUGGGGUGCUCAUUAAGCUUGUCAAAGAUUUGAAGUUGCAACACCAGCACAAAUAUGAUGAACUACAAACGACUUGGUUGUGCAAGAGGUGUGAGACAAUGGACGCAAAGCUAAGGGUUCUGGAGCAUGUUCUACUACUGGAGACUUAUACUCAGGAGUCAAUACCGGCACUCCACAAAAUAAGGAAAUACCUUAUCGAGGCUACCGAAGAGGCUUCUCUUGCAUAUAACAAAGCGGUUUGUCCCAUUACCACUGUCCUUGUCCAGCAGGGAAAGUUGUAUAGAAGCUUGCUUCAUUUUGCUUCCCUUAUCUUAAGCUGUACCAGCAUAUGUAGCCUGCACAUUUUCCUGUUUCCCUGAACCAUUUGUUUCCAGUUCCUAAAAUCCAAUCUAACCUGCAUUUCAACAUCUUUGUUUUCCAGGCCACACGCCUUCACGAGUACCUAGGCGUUGACCCCCAAUUCGACACCAUCGCAAGACAAUACCAGGAGAUAGUCAGGAAACUGGAGAAUUUGCAAUGGACAAUCCAUGAGGUCGAGAAGGACGUGAAGCAGAGCAAGUAAAUCCGCCAUGGCCCUGUUCUCGUGCAUGGACGUGAUUAUCUCAAUGGUGGUGUACCCAAAGCUCCUCUCGCUGUCAUCACUCACUUUCUUUCGGCCUUUUUCAGGGAUUUCAUCAUUUGCUAGUUUUGUACUUAUGUUUGUAGUUCGUUGUAUAUAGUAAACCGCGUGGAGACCUGGAGAGUUCCUGAGUUGCUCAUCUUGGCAUCCUUUCCCUCCCAAUGUAUUUCAAGCAUUCAUCACCUUUGUGGCUUUGAAAUUAUGACACAUUCUUUCCAGCUCAGGCCAGGGGCGGAGGGAGAAGGUAAUAGGGUGGGUUAUGGGAGAAAAAUUGACAAAUUAGGUAUAAUAGUUAAUUGAUAAUGAAAAUUAGUGCGCAUCCAAGUGAGAAUGAUUGAUUGAUAGGUCUUGUGUUAUAAUAUUGAUGACCUUAUUUGUUAAACAUGUGAUAUUUAGAUUUGUACAAACUUCAAGUCCA